AUUCCUGUCUCUCACUUGCAGUCUCAAACAAUGAACUACGUGGGGCAGCUUGCUGAGACCGUCUUCGUCACGGUGAAGGAGCUGUACCGGGGUCUGAACCCUGCCACCCUGACAGGCUGCAUCGAUGUGGUUGUGGUGAGGCAGCCCGAUAACUCCUUCCAGUGCUCCCCGUUUCACGUGCGUUUUGGGAAGCUGGGUGUGCUGCGCUCCAAGGAGAAGGUGGUUGACAUUGAAAUCAAUGGGGAGCCUGUGGACCUGCACAUGAAGCUGGGUGACAAUGGAGAGGCCUUCUUCGUCCAGGAGACAGAGGAAAAUGAGGGCAGCAUCCCCUCCCGCCUCUGCACGUCCCCCAUCCCCAGGGCGGAGAGCCCAGAGGAUGCCGCUCAGUCCUCUCAUGGGCAGGAGGCCUCCAGUGCUGAAGGGACCCUGCGCAAGAGGAGACGGCGCAGGAGGAAGCCCAAGCGGAAGGAGGUGUUGGACUCUGAGUUGGAAGGCUGCAAGGAGACCAAAAGCAAGAUGUCCGCGGAGGAGCCAUGCAAGCUGCCAGCCCCCAGUGAUUCAGUGUAUUUCUCCUUCACUGAUCUCCCCCGAGAAGAAACCGGGUCAUUGCAGUCCCCAGAGGUGCACCCUUACUCUGACGGGGAGCUGGCCUCUGUGGACAGCCCCACCAUGAACCAUCCAUCUUCUCCCAAAAGUGAUUCUGAGCUGGAGAUCAGAUCACAGGAGGGUUUUGCUCUAGGGGCUGAAUCCCAUGUGCAGUGGACCUGGGGAAGGCUCCCUCAGGUGAAUAAAUCGGAACGAGUUGAACCAGUCAAGUCCACAAAGACCUUCGCUACUGCAGCAACUACUGUCUCUGUGACACCAAUCCCAGUGGAUGAGGCAACCCAUCUUGUUGCCACCUCUGAAGGUCUGGAAGAAGGUCCAGGCCCAGUGGGACAUCAGGGUGCACCUUGUUCCCACGAUGGGAACGGCCUCCCCAGGCUGAAGGACGUCCCCAGGGCUGUGGGGGCAGAGAGCUUGUUGGAGGCCUCCUCAGCCCCACAAGAGAAACAGGAUGGGGGUGAGAAUGUUGUGCCAGAGGUUCAGCCAGAUGUGGAGCCCUCUGAGGGAGCCGCUGCUCUGAGGCAGGUGGGCUCGGAGGGCCCUGAGCCCCAGCUGGAAAGCCAGAGGAGACAAGGAUCCACCAAAAGAAGUCCUCACUUGGGUCCCAGUGAUGUUUACCUGGAAGACCUCUCCAACCUGGAUGAGGAGCAGGUGGCUCUCUAUUUCCCCAGGAGUGACACAGAGCAGAGUUCAAAGCCUGUGGCAGACCUCAGCAAUUCUUUGUGUGUCCAGCUGCCAUCCGACUUGCCUGCCGACAGCCCCAUGGACUCCGACUCUGAUUCGAUGCCCACGAUUGCCCUGUCGCUGUGCGGAGGCCUGGGGGGCAGCAGGCAGAUCUCUUGCGAGAAGUUCAUGGAGCACAUGGUCUCCUACCAGCAGUUUGCCGAGAAUCCAGGACUCAUCGAUGACCCAAACCUGGUGAUACUGAUCAACAAGAAGUAUUACAACUGGGCAGUGGCUGCUCCCAUGGUCCUGUCUCUGCAGGCUUUCCAGAGGAACAUUCCUGAGGGCACUAUUGACCGACUGGUGAAGGAGAAGAUGCCCAAGAAAGGCAGCAGGUGGUGGUUCUCCUGGAGGAGGAGAGAAUUCCCAGCGGAGGAGCAGUCGAGGCCGGGGAAAGCCAACGUGGGGAUGCUGCAGCAUGACUCUGCUCGGCAGAGGCAGGAGGAGGAGGUGUCAUCCAGUGACGAUGAGCCCCUGCGCCCCAGGGACGUGUUAGCAGUGGAUGCCCCUGCGCAGAAAUCUCAGCCAACCUACAAGAAAUCCUUGCGGCUCUCCUCCGAACAAAUCGGAAGACUGAAUCUGCAGGAUGGCCCCAACGAGGUGGCAUUCAGCGUGACGACUCAGUACCAGGGCACAUGCCGCUGUGAGGCCACCAUCUACCUGUGGAACUGGGAUGACAAGGUGGUGAUCUCGGACAUUGACGGCACCAUCACCAAGUCAGAUGCUCUUGGGCACAUCCUGCCACAUCUGGGAAAAGACUGGACUCAUUGUGGGAUUGCUAAACUCUUCCACAAAAUCCAUCUGAACGGCUACAAGUUCCUCUAUUGCUCAGCCAGAGCAAUAGGCAUGGCGCACAUCACCAAAGGCUACCUCAAAUGGGUCAAGGAGCAAGGCUGUGCCCUCCCCAAGGGCCCCAUCCUGCUUGCCCCCAGCAGCCUCUUCUCUGCCUUCCACAGGGAGGUGAUUGAGAAGAAGCCAGAGGUAUUCAAGAUUGCCUGCUUGAUGGACAUCCAAAACCUGUUUGCCACGAAGCUGCCCUUCUAUGCGGCCUUUGGGAACAGAGCCAAUGAUGUCUACGCUUACAAGCAAGUGGGCCUGCCAGAGAGCCGCAUAUUCACGGUCAACCCCAGGGGAGAGCUGAUCCAGGAGCUCACGAAGAACCACAAGUCAACGUACGGGCGGCUGUCGGAGCUAGUGGAGCUUAUCUUCCCUCCCCUGGGACAGAGUGGGAGCCUUGCUCUGGUGUGUCCAGAGUACAGCCACUUUGCCUACUGGAGACCUCCACUGCCUGCUGUUGAUCUGGAUGCCUUCUCCUGACCCCAUUACCUGUGGAGACCUGACCCAGGGCUCUCCUGUGUGUCCUCUGCCAGGACUGGAUGCUCCAGAUGCGUCUCUUCCUCCCUGUUUGCUGCUCAGGCAUUUUGCACUUCUAAUAUGGGUUGUGUUCUGCACUAGAAACACCCCUUUUCAGGGGGCCAA